AUGGAAACUUGGUUCACGAUUCUUGGUUGGACACUAUCCAUUGCGGCGGCGGCUGGAAACGGUUCCAUUAUUUUUCUUGUUUGCAAAAAACGACGGCUCCUCACUAAAACCAACGCUUUUAUCAUUUCCCUUGCAGUAGCGGAUCUCGGUGUAGGGGCUUGCGUUUUCCCUUCAGAGUUUUUCUCCGAAAUCGUCAAAACUAGCCACAAUUCGUCUUCAAACUGUAACAACAUUCGAUUGCUAAUACGAUGGCUGUUCAGCUACGCAUCUGUGACAAGCUUGUGCAGUUUAAUUCUGGAUCGUUACGUGGCGAUUGUUAAGCCUUUAAAUUAUCUAAAUUUUAUGAGCCGAGGUCGUGUUAUCCAAAUGAUUUUUGUUUCCUGGGCAAUCCCUGUGGGAUUUGACAUAACUUCAAUUCUCUUACCUGCUCCAGUUAAGUGCAAUUUUGUUAACAUAUUUGGCAUGUUUUGGGAGAGUUUUUCAUGCUGCUUUCUAAUAUUCUGCUUUUCCUCUAUGAUACUUGUCGUAUAUAAACAUGAUAGAUCGUCAGCCAUCUUAGCAAAACAGUUACGCUUCAACCACAGAGGUUUGACAGUCAGCAGUCAGGACAGAUCAGCAGUAACAAUGAUGGCGAUUGUGAUAGUCGUGUUUCUCGUCUGCUAUGGAAUAUAUUUGCGCUGCAGUAUAGUAGCACUUUUUCAUAAUCUCAAAUGUAAUGAUACAGACUAUAAAAUACCCAUGUUAGUCCUGAAUUCCGCCAUCAACCCUUGGGCAUAUGCAUUCUUCAAGAGGGACAUAAAGAAAGAGAUGAUUAAGAAAUUGAUUUGCAGAAAAACUAAGAAGAAACUGCAAAAUCAAUAA